ACACCACGUUAUCUCGUCCAGGGGGCGUGUCCUACAGAAAUCCCCUUCCAGGCUCAGACGUAGCUGCAGCUCUGCGAGAGGAAGAAGCAGGGAGGAAGGAAGAGAUUGAACACACUGCGGAGGGAGUGCGGCUAUGGGUAACGCACAGGACAAGCCCCCGGGCAGCGGAGGAGGGGGAGGUAGAUCAAAUCAGGCCACGGCAGGCAACGGGACGCGAAGCCGGGUUGGAAGCACCGUGGAAAAGCCCCAGAGUCAGAGAGCUGCGGCGAAGGGGGUGGCCAAUGGCUCUCGGAGGGAAAACAGUCCUGCUGGUGGACAAGAGGAGCAGGGCAGCCCUGCAGCAGACGCAAGUUAUCUGGACGCCCCCGCUGGGGCCCUUCCUCCUCACCUGGCCCGGCUCAAGAACGCAGGGAACCACCUCUUCAAAUCCGGCCAGUUUGGGGAUGCCUUGGAGAAGUACACGCAGGCCAUUGAUGGAUGCGCUGAAGCUGGCAUCGACAGUCCAGAAGACCUGUGCAUUCUCUACUCCAACAGAGCGGCCUGUUUCCUGAAGAAUGGAAACAGCUCAGACUGCAUACAGGACUGUAACAAGGCUUUGGAGCUGCAGCCGUACUCAUUGAAGCCCCUGUUGCGUAGAGCUAUGGCCUAUGAGUCACUGGAGCGCUACAUUAAGGCCUACGUGGAUUAUAAGACUAUCUUGCAGAUAGACACCAGUGUGCAGACGGCUCACGACAGCGUCCACAGGAUCACCAAGAUGCUUAUCGAGCAGGACGGUCCUGAGUGGAGAGCGAAGCUUCCAGAGAUUCCCACCGUCCCUCUGUCCGUCCAGCUGCAGCACAGAGACAAACCGAUCAGCGUGGAAGUAGCUCAAGCCCGAGCUGCCAGGGCUGCUCAGGAGGAAGCCAGGAGAAAAGAGGCCUCCUUUACUUUAUUAAAACGGGAAGGCAACGAUCUGGUCAAGAACGGACAUUUUCAGGAGGCUCUGAAGAAGUACAGCGAAUGUCUCACAUUAAAACCUGAUGAAUGUGCUCUCUACACAAACAGAGCCAUUUGCCUCCUGAGACUGAAUCGUUUUGAAGAGGCCAAACAGGACUGUGACUCCGCCCUGCAGAUGGAGCCGGGCAACAAGAAGGCCUUCUACAGACGCGCCCUGGCUUACAAGGGUUUACAGGACUACCUGUCGGCCAGCAGUGACCUCCAGGAAGUCCUCCACCUGGACCCAAAAGUUCAGGAGGCGGAGCAGGAGCUUGAGGUGGUGACGAGCUUGCUGAGACAGAGCCUGAUGGAUAGUACUUCACACACACCAAGGGUUUGAUGUUUGUGGAGGAAUGAAACAGGUGUGCGCACGUACUGUUCUGUAGCAAUUAUGGAGGAAAAGGACUCUCAAAGCCAUCGUUUGCAGUAAGAAAAAUUUGAAAUGACUGGCGUUGACUUCUGGGACGGGCUCCUUGGAUGACCAGCUUUUCAGCUCUGCACCAUCUGCAACGUGUGCAAACCACACCAUAACUCCUGAGUACACAGCCUUACAUAACAGGCAGCUUUAUUUAAAAAGGCUAACAUCAAGGUACUCAUGACCUGCUUGCACUAUAAAUCAUUCACAUGACGUAAUGUACUGCAUAUACAGAUCGAUUGUAACAGGCUGCACAGCGCUGUUUUAUGGUGGAGUAGCACGGGGAAGAGUGUAUUAUGUGUGCCUUAUUGAGAUUUCUACCACAGUCCGUUUGAAAUACGCCAAGAUUCAACUUUGAUUUGUUUUAAUGAUGUUGGGUUUGGUUCCAUUAUGUUUCACUGAGCUCACGACCAAAAAGCACUGACAGAAACUGAUACAACUGUAUAUAGAGAUAAGGAACUCCCAGGAAGAAAAGACAUCUGGUUCAAUGUUGUUCUUUUCCCCAGGGUUUCAGCUAUUCCAAGACAUCUGUCAUUGUUUACAUGUUUUAUCAGCUGCUACUUCAAAAAAAAUUAACCAACACCUUACUUUAAAAUAUUUCUACAGCUAAAGACCCUGAAGAAGUGAUGCGUUAAAACUUUAAUUUAAAAUGGUUAAAAUAAUAACUUAUCACAUGUUAAAAUAUCCCAUGAGUUCAGUGCUUGAGUUAUUAUUAAUUAUAAAGUUUCCCUUUAUUGGUUUAGGAAACGUCCAGCAACUGAGGGUAGGAUUACUUAAUCAUGUACUGUAAGAAUUGUAGGUCUCAGGUUCAAUCUUGAAUGAAACCAAGUUGACUGCAUGCGUCUUUGUGUGUGAAUAGGUGUACAAUAUUUAUGUUUGGAAAGUCUCUUAUCAGAAUAGUUUUAAUAGCUCUGCUGAAACAGCUUGUUGUCUGGCUUCUCCGUCAACUGGUUCAAGUCCCUUAACAAAAACAGUUUGGGAUGCUGCUGGUUGAAACCUCCACGGCAACAAAAUAACUCCUUCAUGACAUCUUCAAGUGAAUAUCUAGACUUUGUAAAGCCAGACAGCUAUGAGCCCCACACAGGUGUUUUCAAUCUAUUUGCUAAUUAGCGCUCCCCUCAGGAUGUCUAGUCGGGGCUUGAUUGACUGCUACCUGACACCUGUUGGGACUUUUAACACUCUAGUUGAGCUAAUUAACUGAAAACACCUGUGUUGGUGUGCUGGAUGCAUUUUAAAUAUCUUCCUUUUAAUCUCAUCUCUAAACAAUGUAAAUCUUUGUACAGCACAAUGUGCCACAACAUAAAUUGUUUUCAUACUUUGAUGUAUUGAUUAAUAUGUCCAAUCUUAUUUAACCCAUUUUUUCCCCCUUGUGUGGUCUAAAUAAAAGCCUAAAAAUCUCAACUAAAUGAAAACACCGGAUAUAAGGCUUGGCGUGUGUGUUGCUUUGUGGAACGUAAGAGCAUGUACUGUAUGUAAAUAGUUUGGAUGCAAAUGUAAAUAAACUGCUAUAUGAAUGCUUUAA